CCUCAAUAGACUUUCAAAUCGUAAGUCUUCAUUUUGGCUUUAAUUAGGUCUUUUUUUCAUCAAUGAAUUUUCUCAGAUUCCUCUCCCUUCUUCUCGUAUUCUCCUCUCUUUCUUUCCUUCUCAACAAUGGCGUCGCCCAAUCUCGCCACGAAAUCUACCCUGAAUUACAGUCUCUCCGAGUCGACACGUCGUUCAUCAGGCCGCUCCAUCGAACUCGCUUCCACUUCCAGCCUCGCCGUCACUGGAUCAACGACCCAAAUGGCCCAAUGUACUUUAAAGGAAUUUACCACCUGUUCUACCAGUACAACCCGAAGGGCGCGGUGUGGGGCAACAUAGUGUGGGCCCACUCGUUCUCCAGAGACCUAAUAAACUGGAAAGCGCUUCCCCACGCGCUCUCCCCUUCGAAGCCCUUCGACAUCAAUGGCUGCUGGUCCGGCUCCGCCACCAUCCUCCCCGGCGGCAGGCCCGUCAUCAUGUACACCGGAAUCGACCCCCACAACCGCCAGGUCCAAAACUACGCCGUUCCGGCCAACCUCUCCGACCCCUACCUCCGCGACUGGGUCAAACCCGACUUCAACCCGGUCGUCGACCCGGACUCCGGAGUCAACGCCAGCGCCUUCCGCGACCCGACGACCGGCUGGCGGGGGAAGUCCGGCCACUGGAGGACGGUGAUCGGCAGCCGGCGGGGGAGCCGGGGGAUGGCGUAUCUGUACAGGAGUAGGGAUUUCGUGAAGUGGACGAGGGCGAAGCACCCGCUGCACUCCGUGGCGAACACGGGCAUGUGGGAAUGCCCGGAUUUCUACCCGGUGCCGCUGACCGGGAAGCGCGGGCUGGACACGUCGGUGAGCGGGGGCGGCGUGAAGCACGUGCUGAAGGUGAGCUUGGAUCUCACGCGCUACGAUUAUUACACGGUGGGGAAGUAUUUGGAGAACAAGGACCGGUACGUGCCGGACAACACGUCGCCGGACGGCUGGCUCGGCCUGCGCUACGAUUACGGCAAUUACUAUGCUUCCAAGACGUUCUAUGACGCUGGCAAGAAGAGGAGGGUUCUGUGGGGGUGGGCCAAUGAGUCCGAUACGGCCCGGGAUGACGUGGCUAAAGGAUGGGCCGGAAUUCAGGCAAUUCCCAGGACGGUGUGGUUGGAUCCAAACAGGAAGCAGCUUUUGCAAUGGCCGGUUGAAGAGGUGAACAGGCUGAGAGGCAUGAAAGUUGAGAUGACCAAUCGGAAGCUCGCCAAGGGACAGCAUGUCGAGAUCCACGGGAUUUCUGCUGCCCAGGCUGACGUUGAAGUUACGUUCAGCUUUUCAAGCUUGGAUAAAGCGGAGCCAUUUGAUCCAAGGUGGGUGGAUGCACAAUCCGUGUGUGGUCGACUGGGCUCCACGGCCCAAGGUGGAGUUGGGCCCUUUGGGCUUCUUACUCUCGCUUCGAAGCACCUCGACGAAUUCACUCCUGUAUUCUUCAGGAUCUUCAAGGCCCAUCACAACAAGCACGUGGUUCUUCUCUGCUCUGAUGCAACAAGCUCUUCUCUGCGGACGAAGGGAUUGUACAAACCAUCAUUUGCAGGCUUCGUCGACAUCGACUUGUCGAGUAAAAAGCUCGCGUUGAGGACUUUGAUUGAUCACUCAAUGGUGGAGAGCUUUGGAGGGGGUGGAAAAGCAUGCAUAACUUCAAGGGUAUAUCCAACAAAGGCAGUGUUUGGGAAUGCCCAUUUGCAUGUGUUCAAUAAUGGAUCAGAGCUCAUCACUGUGGACAAUCUAAGCGCUUGGAGCAUGAAAAGUGCUAGAGUCAACUAAGUCUUAAAAGUUUCUUAGCUUUCUUGUUUGGUUAUGGAUAGUGGA